CAAACUUUUCCCGUGUCUCGAGUGCCGGACACGGAAGCCUCCGGGCUGAGCCGCCCGGGGCGGGAGGUGGGGGUGCAAACCACACACGCCGCCCAGGUUGCCUCGGAUUGCAGGAUUCUGCAGUGAAGAUGAGUGGCCAUUGGAGAGACAUUCAAGUAGUGGUCCAGCAGCUUAAUCAGUUCAGUCCUGAAAAUGAGAAUACUGAACAUUUAUUGGAUAAAUCUAAUACACUACAGGGUAUUAAAGUAACAGAUGAAACCUUUGUACUGAAAACUUUAUCUGGCUGUAUACAAUAUAAAUCUUUAUUGGAUGUGGUGGUUAAUGCAUUUUAUAUUCGAGAUGGAAAACAUUGCCUGCAGUCUGAACGUAACUUGUAUGUUGUUGUUUGUUAUUUGGCCAUUUUUCUUCUGGAGGAACUUGGACUUCAACAGUUCAGCAGAAUAAUCAAGUCAAUUGAUACUGCUAAGAUAUGCAAGUUCCUUAGGUUCUUUUUCAAUACCAUUAAUUUGAACACCUGGAUAAAAGAUGAAUGGAGCUGUUUAUAUGAAUCUACUUAUGUGAAUAACUGGAUCAAACCAUUGCAAAGAUGGCAGCCAAAAGUACAACAACUGAUUGAUCAACUUGAUAAGAAAUUAGAUAAAAAUGUUGUUACAACAUCUUUAAAAACAACUGAACCAAAGGAAUUUAACUUGACAAUCCCUGAUCCACGACCUGUACUGAUUCCUGAAGUAAUUCCACAGCAAGGGAAAAUAAAAUCUGUUCCUGCAAACACUUAUAAACUUCCUAGAGUGAAGCAGCAUCUGGAAGAAAUGAAGCUGAAGAAUCAUCAGAAAGCACAGAAGCUGCUGCUGGAAGCAAAUACUAGCCAGUUCAGAUGUGCAGCCCCAAAGAUUGAUUGUGAAGGCCAUAUUGCAGAGGAGAUUCCAGAUCGUGUGAAGAGAUUUCGGGCACAGAGGAUCAAAGUAAAGACCAAUAACGCACCCGUUAAAUUAAAUGCAGCAGCGAUCCUCAGAGAAGGUGUCCUUUACCAAAGAAAAGUGGAAGAAGAGCUCAAUAGAACUGAACGUCUUCUGCGAGGAGCUCAGGAUCCAUCUGAAUUUCUGGAAUGGCAAAAGCAAAUGCAAAAGAAAGAUUUGGACCAACAGUUAACAGCAGAGGUGUGCAGACGGUUGCAAGGAAAACUAAGCUACAAGGAGGCUAUUCUAGCGCAACAGAAUCUUAUUCAGGAAAAGAAGAAAAUGGCUGAACAGUUGAGAAAGCAGAUUCCAGAAUGUGCACUGUACUCACCUCAGCUCUCUGUUCAUCAGUAUAACAAAUCCAAAGAGGAUAUGUCACCCUCACCGCUACCUCCUCAGUGUCGGCAUCGACAGUACUACCAGUUUGACCCGUCACCCUCACCGCUGCCUCCUCGGCGUCGGCAUCGACAGUACUACCAGUUCGACCCUGUACCACCAAUACCGAGGAAGCAUGCUUUUAAACACAACUUGCCUCAGUCUGAUGCCCUUCGAGAACCAGUUCCGUUGAAGCGCCUAUGCACAUCUCAGCACUGA